AUGUGGCUGACGGCUUGUGUGGUGCUCAAGGCGGCGCUGGGUGUGGGUGUUUUGUCCCUCCCGGGGGCCUUCGCUCGCCUUGGCUGGAUCCCCGCGGGGCUGGUGCUGGCUUCGCUGGCGGCAAUUGUCGUAUAUUCAGGGUUGCUGUACACUCGUUUAACUACGCAGCCGUACCGCCGUACAGAUCAACAUGGCGGCCAUGGCCAUCACUACGAUGGCCGCCAACACGGUGCUGGCGGAGGCGGAGGGUGGACGGGCAGCAGGUGCCGCCACCCCGUCAUGCUGCAUUCGCUGGCUCGCAUGGCGCUGGGUCGCGCGGGCGAGGUGGGCGCCUUCCUGACCGCCUACGCAACUAUCUGGUUGCUUCCCGCCAUAUUCCACAUCACGGCGGUGGAGGCCUUGAGUCAGGUCCUGGGUCCCCCCGAUAGCCCCCCGCUGCUGCUGCACGGCUUGCUGGUGCUGGGGGCGGUGGUGGCGCUGGCGCAGCUGCAGAGCCUCACCCAGGCAGGUGCCAUCAACACCCGGAGAGUCGCACACACACCCCUCGGAGGUCCACAGAAAGAUAAAUGA